UUUUAGAAUAGGUCUUCUGUGUAUCACUUUGGCCUUAGACGGUGUUAUAUUCACAGAAAAUCAAAUCUACCUCCAAAAACAUCAAGUUGUAUAAUUGUUUGUGAUUAUAGGGCAAAUACUUCAGCGUAAUUCCCGAUUUUACAAGAAUAAUCGUAGGAAAUUAUCCGAAAUGAAUCAGUUUAUAUACAUCAUAUGUACAGUACCGGCACUCCUUUUACAUAUAUUUAGCUUGGCUUGGGGUGAGGCGAUUGUAUCCAUUGAAUUCAUAGAAUACCAGGGUAACCAAAAGGACUAUGAUGAUAGUAAUUGUGAUUCAUUCGGUGGCAGAUGUGACAUUUUAUUCCAAAUUUGCUUGGGAAAAACGAUAAGCAAUGGCGGGGACAGUAAUAUCGGGACAUGUAAUUACGGAUCGGCGAACACUGGGGCCUUCGACAACAGUGAAACAAUUCAAUUUGGAUCAAAUAUGGCUGGUGUAGACAACCCUUUUAUCAACACGAUAGACGUAUAUCAGGGAGAUUGUUUUCUAAAAAUCGAUGUGUAUGAUAGCGAUAAUAAUAAUGAUGACCUUGUUGACAAGUAUCGCCAAGAUAUUGUGCAAGCAGCCGAUGGUUUGUCGAGGCAGUACACGUUAACCGGUGAAAGAAGUAAUGACAAGACAAAGACUACAAUAGAUGUUACCGUUACGUGUAAUACGGAUUACUACAAUAGCGACUGCGCCACGUACUGCUUAGCCCAAGAUUCAGAUAUCGAUGGUCACUAUACAUGCAAUCCAUCAACAGGCGAAAAGAUCUGUAACUCGGGUUAUUCAGGAACAAGUUGCAAGAAUAAUAUCGACGAAUGUGCUAGCUCCCCUUGUCAGAACAAUAGCACGUGUACAGAUGGUAUCGAUGGUUAUACAUGCACAUGCGCACCAGGUUAUGAGGGCACAUUGUGUUCAACGGACAUUGAUGAAUGCGCUAGCUCUCCGUGUGCAAAUGGUAGCACAUGCGUAGAUGAAGUAAAUUACUACGAAUGUCAGUGUGGAGUGGGAUAUUUUGGGGACCGGUGUGAAAAUGAGAUCGAUGAAUGUCUCUCUUUACCUUGCAUGAACAACGCCACUUGCAGAGAUUUUCUCAAUGGAUAUUCAUGUGAAUGCGUUCCCGGAUUCAGUGGCGAGCAUUGUAAAAUUGAAGUUGACGAAUGUGAAAGCAGUCCAUGCCUGAAUGGAGCAGUGUGUUUUGACCUGCUCAAUGGAUUUGAAUGCACUUGCGCAGACGGAUACCAUGGAGAGUUUUGUGAAGUAGAUACCGAUGAAUGCGAAAGUAUUCCAUGUCAGAAUAACGCCACAUGUCACGAUGACGUCAAUGGGGUUCUCUGUGAAUGUGCUUUUGGGUUCUUUGGAGAAUUUUGUGAUUUACAAAUAAGUAAUUGUUCUGGCUCACCUUGUAAUAAUAACGGUACUUGCGAGACCUUCGGCUCCUCGAUAGUCUGUCACUGUUCACCGGGCUAUUUUGGCGAACUAUGCGACUGGGAAGAGGACGAAUGCGCGAGUACACCUUGCCAAAACGGCGCAACAUGCCACGACGUCAUAAAUGGGUAUGUCUGCUCUUGCGCACUGGGAUAUUCAGGCACAAGCUGCCAAUAUGAAGUGAAUGAAUGUGAAAGUAAUCCUUGUGUAAACAGCGCAGUGUGCAUUGACCUGGUCGCAGAGUUUUUCUGUAACUGUACAGAAGGUUUUGAAGGUAUUUCCUGCGAAAUUGAUAUUGACGAAUGCAUUUUUUCAGAAUGUUUUGGAAAUUCAACAUGUGUUGAUGAGAUAGGUGGAUAUUAUUGUGAAUGUCCAGACGGCUACAAUGGUUAUUUAUGUGAAAUUGAAAUAAAUGAGUGCUUAAGUGACCCCUGCCAAAAUGGUGCCAAUUGUACAGACAAUAUCAAUGCUUUCAUGUGUAUAUGUGCAGCUGGUUAUACUGGUGUCACGUGCGAAGAAGACGUGAAUGAAUGUGAUUCUUAUCCGUGUUUCAACAAUGCCACUUGCAUGGAUAAGCCUAACUCAUAUUCCUGUUUGUGUGACAUCGGUUGGGAAGGUAUCGUCUGCGACCUCAACCCAGAUGAUUGUUUGUACUCAAACUGCUCCACUAACUCGACAUGUAUCGAUGGUAUCGGUGGGUAUUUCUGCGAAUGUCCAGGAGGAUACGAAGGAGAACACUGCGAUAGGGAUGUACAAGAGUGCAAAGAAGAUCCAUGCCAAAAUGGCGCUACUUGUAUUGAAGAAUUUGGUGGAUUUAUGUGCGUCUGUGCCCAGGGCUUUGAGGGUGUGCUAUGUGAUGCUGACAUCGAUGAAUGUGCGGAGAUGCCGUGUGAAAAUAAUGGAACAUGUAUAGAUAUGGUUGAUAGUUAUGAAUGCUAUUGCGCAGAUGACUGGUACGAUAUGAACUGCACAACAUACAUGCCCGAUUUGUGUUUAAAUAACAACUGCACUAAUAACUCCACUUGUCAAGAAACAAGUGUCGGCUUUAUUUGUGUUUGUUUACCUGGAUUUACAGGUAAAUAUUGUGAGGAAGAUGUAAAUGAGUGUUCUUCAAUGCCAUGUAGAAAUAACGGUACUUGCUUUGAGAGCGUCGAUUCGUACUCUUGCACAUGCAGCGUCGGUUUUAUAGGACAUAACUGUGAAAUAAAUGAAGACGACUGUCUUGAUGGAUUUUGUCUAAAUGGUGGAACCUGUCUUGACCAAGUUUCUGGCUUUACAUGCGAGUGUCCUUCGGGAUUCGUUGGGGAAUUUUGCGAAAUUGAUAUUGACGAAUGUGAUAGCAAUCCAUGCGGAAACAAUGCGACGUGCAUCGACAAAAUAAAUGGCUAUAAUUGUACAUGCGUAGAUGGGUUCCAAGGAUAUAAUUGUUGGGAGGAAAUUGACGAAUGUUUGUCGUCACCUUGCGCGAGAGGAACGUGCGUUGAUGGUGUUGCUAACUACAGAUGUAUUUGUGAAGAAGGUUACUAUGGCGAUAAAUGCGAAUUCUUUGAUUGGUGUCAGGGAUCUCCGUGUCUGAACGGAAAUUGUAGCAGCACAUUAGACGGAUUUAUUUGUCAAUGCCUAUCUGGUUGGGUUGGAGCGAAUUGCAACAUCACUAUCAAUGAAUGCGUGUCGUCACCUUGUAUCCAUGGUAAUUGUAUCGAUAAGGUAGACGAGUACGUGUGCACGUGUAAUGGUGGGUUUGAGGGCCUAAACUGUGACCUCGAUAUCAAUGAAUGCGCGUCGUCACCUUGUGUCAAUGGUAGCUGUACCGAUGACGUAGACGGUUACUUGUGCACGUGCGAUAAUGGUUUCGAUGGCGCCAACUGUGAACUGGAUAUCAAUGAAUGCUUGUCGGCACCUUGUAUUCGUGGUAACUGCACCAAUGUUAUAGAUGGUUACGUGUGUACUUGUUACGCUGGUUUUGAUGGGCUCAACUGUGAAAUAGAUAUCAAUGAAUGCUUAUCAUCCCCUUGUAUAAAUGGUAACUGUACAGAUGACGUAAACGGUUACGUAUGUAGUUGCGAUGAUGGUUUUGAUGGGUCUAACUGUGACCUUAAUACCAAUGAAUGCGUGUCGUCACCUUGUAUAAAUGGUAACUGUACAGAUGUCGUAGAUGGUUACGUGUGUACUUGCAAUGCUGGUUUUGAUGGGAUCAACUGCGACCUGGAUAUCGAUGAAUGUGCGUCGUCACCUUGUAUCCAUGGCAACUGUACCGACAUCAUCAAUGAGUAUUUUUGCGUUUGCAGUAUAGGCUACACUGGACCUAACUGCGAUGAGGAUAUCGACGAUUGUGAAGGCAUUGACUGUAAAAAUGGCGAGUGUCUUGACCUAUCAAAUGACUUCAUAUGCCAAUGUCAGUCCGGCUUUGAAGGAACAUUCUGCGACAGCAAUAUUGAUGAGUGUGUAUCAUCUCCAUGUUUAAAUGGUGGAACAUGUACUGAUGACAUCGAUAGCUUCAGCUGCACAUGUCCAGAAUCAUUUUCAGGAAGCACCUGUGAACAGGACGUUGACGAGUGCGCAGGUAUAAAUCCUUGUCCUGAUAAUGCAAUCUGCAACAAUACAUUCGGCGGCUUCUGCUGUUUCUGUAAGCCUGGGUUCAAUGGUGAAAACUGCGAGGAAUAUGCGGAUCCAUGUUUACUUAACCCGUGUCAAAAUGACGGGACGUGUAUCUCUGAGGAUCGAAAUUUCAGAUGUGAGUGUAGCAGUGGAUUUACAGGUACAUUUUGUGACGUCGUCAUAAAUCCCUGCAACUCUUCCCCAUGUUUAAAUGGAGGAAGUUGUAAGGAAGCUGAUGAUGGAAAUUACAAUUGCCAGUGUACCAAGGAAUUUACAGGUGAAAGGUGCGAAAUAGACAUUUCAAGUUCAUCUUAUGCCUUUUACCUGACGGGGAGUGUGUCAGAUGAAGAUAAACUUGCAGAUGAUAUCAGUGAAGUAUACAGUUACUCGUCCGGGUCAAAUGAUGAUGUCACAGUAUUAAUAUUAUCAAUAGAAGAAUACGUUUCUGUCGAGACAGGAGAACCUGUGAGUAGAGUUGAAUUCGUAUUGAUAGUGAACAAUACUGCGCAAAGCACAGAAGAAAUACAAUCCAUGAUAGCUGAAACGCCAUCUGACGUCAUCGAGGAGAGUUUAAAAACAGAACUCUUCACAGGAGACGCGGUGCCAAAAGAAGAUUAUACGGAAAAGGGAUGGUUUGAAGAAAACUGGAUUUGGUUUAUGUUUUUAAUUUUCGGAGUGUCUGCUGUAACCGUGGGCUUGGCGUUAUGGGCUUACAGGCCAAAAAGGUGAAUGUCAGCUUCUUAUUAAUUAAAUAUAUAGCCAUAGAAUCAAAGUUGAGUUAAAGCAUUUAAAAUAAAUCAAGAAUCCAGAAUAAUUUAUUGUCAUCGAUCAAACAUGUAAACAAUAAAAAUUUUUUUGCCUGUUGCUCAAAAUCUAAAAUACGACAAAGAAUACAAACAUAUUCAUUAUGAUUGCUUCUUUGUUGUUUGAGUAAUUUAAUUGCAGUCAGUUGAAAAUCCUCACCUGUGAAAUAGAGACAUUAACCAUUAUUUUUCAUAUACUCACUACAUGGGCACUUCAGAGCGCUUGUCUGUAAAUAUCGACCAAUUUCUUAAAGUAGUGACCAAACAAAAAAAAAAUCGAUUUUCUUCCAAAUUUUGAUUUAACUUUUGAUAAACAUGAAAAAAAUCGAGAUAUUUUCCACAAAUUUCAUCUUG